AUGGCGCGGGGGGGUGUCGUGCUCCUCGUGCUAUGGGUGGCCGUCGCCGCCGACAAACAUGAGGUGUCAAACACAACUACACCAGAAAGCACCACAGCAGCUCCCACACCACCGAUGCCCUUAAGACCAGAAUACGCCCACCCUGCCGGUGCUGAAGCCUUAGACCCUUAUAAUUCAGAGAAGAACCAUGCAGCUCCACAUCAUAGAGACUAUUUAGAAGAAGACUAUGAUCACGAAUCACAUAAAGAAGACGAACAAGAAAAUAGAGAAGAUGCUGAUGAACUACCUUCGUUAUCUGGCGAUCAUCUGUUGCAAAGUUCGACUGAUGACUUGCCAAUGUUUCUCUUAGAACCACAGCACGCUUUUGUGGUGAGAAACAAACCUGCAGUGUUGAGGUGUCGGGCAGCGAAUGCUCUUCAAGUGUAUUUCCAAUGUAAUGACGUGAGAUCGGUGGCUAGUACGCAAUUUGAAUUUGUGGAUCCUCAAAGUGGAGUGCGAAUUGUGGAAGCUGAGUGUAACGUGACGAGGGAUCAAUUGGACGAGUAUUUCGGUGAAGACAGAUUCACUUGCACGUGUAAUGCCUGGAGCAGUAGAGGUGAUAUCAGAAGUCAGCCCGCCGUCGUCGAGUUGGCAUAUCUCAAGAAACCCUUCGCAGUAUCACCAACUCCAGCCUCAGUGGAGGCUGGUUCUGCUGCCUCCUUACGUUGCUCCCCUCCUGCUGCAGCACCAGCUCCCAGGAUUUCCUGGUUGAAGCAUGGACAGCCGCUGCAGCAAGACCAUAAUGUUCUCAUCUCUGCUGAGGGAAACCUUCUCAUUUCUAGAGCUACUUUGCAAGACAUGGCGAACUACAGCUGCGUCGCAGAGAACAUCGCCGGCAAGAGGAUCUCUGAACCCGCCCUCUUGACUGUUUAUGUAAAUGGUGGAUGGAGUUCUUGGGGUCCGUGGACGCAGUGUCGUUGCAAUGGGCGCGUGACUGGAGGCCAGCGUCGAACCCGGACCUGUACAGAACCACACCCUUUGAACGGCGGCGCGCCGUGCCAAGGACAGGCCGUGCAGAGAACCUCGGACUGCGUACCUUGUCAGAGUGAAGGGUACAUGGAUCUGCAAGGAUAUGAUAACACUCAACAAUUGUUGAUUGCGUUACCUGGUCGAUGGGGCAGCUGGUCGGAAUGGUCAGUGUGUGGAGCUGACUGCAGACAGACAAGGAGACGAGCCUGUACUGGAGACACUCCAUGCUCAGGAGCUCAUGCUCAACAUGCUGACUGCGUUGGUGACUACUGCGGAGUUCAUGGUGUGGCAGCACAUAGUGACAUACCACUAUACAUUGGCAUAGCUGUUGCAGUAGUGGUCUUCUUGGCUGGAGCAGCAGUGGUCUACAAACUUCUGCAGAGGAAGACCAGGGACCAUUCUCUGUACACCAUGACAAGAACUGAUUUCCAGCCUGAGAUGUACCCGACAGUGGAGAAACAGUCUCUGUCUCUAGCUCCUGAUCUGAUGCAGCAUCGACCUCCAAGAUAUGAGCAUCCGCAGCCAGACUCCAGAGCUGAACAUCAUUAUGAUGUACCGCAUCUUACUAAUAGUUAUGCGUCUCCUGUAGACCAUCAGGUGACACCUUGUGCCUCCAGUAAAGGUCAAAGUGAUGACUACGACAGCAAGCCUUACAGUGAAUCAGAACAUUCUGCCUCCAGCUGUUUUACAAGCUCUGGCUCAAUGUACGACGCAGCGAAUGAGUCCGUGACUCUCCAACUAGCGGAACUCGUGUCGAACUCGCCUACAUCUCAGUCCCUCUCAGUUUCAAGUGCUGGGGCGAGGUUGGCAUUACCUGCCGCUGGUGUUGCUCUCUCGAUCCCUGAAGCAGCCCUUAGUAGGGGCAGGAGGGAACAAAUAUAUGUCGCAGUCGUCAAGGACGACCGCUAUCGACCAAGAUUGGGAAAAGGUAUCACGCAGCUGAGCCCAGUAGUUAAGUGCGGCCCACCGCGUCUUCAAUUAAACAAGUCAGUCAUCCUACAAAUCCCUCACUGCGCCAGUCUAAAACACGGCUUCUGGAAUCUGUCGCUGUACGCCAUCGACCAUAACACUGCUAAAACAGAUAAUACACAGCCGCAAUGGAAGAAAAUCGUCGGCCUCGGCCAGGAAACGAUCAAUACUCCCGUGUUCACUCAACUCGACAAUGAUAAAAUAUUCUUAGUGACCGAUAUGCUGUCUACUUUUGUAUUAGUCGGUGAAAGUUUUAAUGGAAAGGCAGUGAAGGCGCUUCAAUUGGCGAUAUAUGCGCCCGCAGUGCUGAGUGAAACCAGCGCAGAUUACAGUAUAAGACUGUAUGUAUUUGAAGACACGCUCUGCGCGGCCUACUACUGUCAGGAACAGGAGAAGAAACUUGGCGGCGUGUUACUUGAGCGUCCCAAAACUUUGCUGUUCCAAGACGGUGGAUCGAAUCUCUGUUUGAACUUAGAACACGUCAGCCCCGGCUGGAAAGCGAAGCCGGGUAUUGGUUACCAAGAGAUCCCUUUCCAACACGUUUGGGGCUCGAACUACAACGCGCUGCAUUGCAGUUUUGUGCUUGAGAGGACUCACGACUGCGAUAAUAUCGAUUUCAGCGUAUCCGCCUGUCAGAGAACCAAUCCGUCAUACAAGCAGACAUUCCGAAUAUCCCUCGAUGACGUGCGGAGCCGAUCACCGCGGGGACGUUCACCCCGCGCUGAGUCGCAGCGCAGUUUUAACAUAACUGAAAACCUUUUAGAGGCUCGCAUGUGCCGCAGCGAAGACGGGAGCGAUGGCAGCGUUAAAAGGAACGUAACAGUUAGUGAGGCGGGCGUCAACGAGUGCGCGGGCGAGGGCCCGUUUAAAUUAAGUGCUCGAGUAAAAAGGCAGUUAUGCGCUAUAUUGGACCCACCGAACGCGCGCGGGAACGACUGGCGGGCGCUGGCUUCGAGGCUGGGAGUAGAUCGUUACACGACGUGGUUCGCCACAAAGAGCUCGCCAACAGAGGCUAUCCUGGAGCUGUGGGAGUGUCGCGAGCGCGGACCGGGUGCCACCGCCGCCCUGGCCGCCGCGCUGCGAACUAUGGACCGGCACGAUGCCGCCGACCUACUGCACGGCAGGCCAUCCUGGUUAUGA